AUGACUAAGGAGCUGAUUAAAAAGAGGGAAAAUACCGGAGCGUUCACCAUCCCUUACACCAUAGGCAUGCUCCAAUUUGCUAAAGCCCUAUGCGAUUUGGGAGCAAGCAUCAACCUAAUUCCAUAUGAGAUCUAUAAACAACUUGGGAUGGGUGAACCGAAAGCCACAACAAUGAGACUCUUGAUGGCGGACCGAUCAAUUAAACAUCCCGUGGGGAUACUAUAUGACAUCUUGGUAAGGGUUCACCGAUUCAUUUUCUCGGCUGAUUUUGUCAUUCUCGAUUGUGAAAUAGAUGUUGAAAUUCCCAUCAUUUUGGGAAGACCAUUCUUGGCAACCAGGAGAGCGUUGGUGGAUGUUGAAAGCGGAGAACUGAAGUUUCGGGUGAAUGAAGCUGAAGUAACCUUUAAUUUUUGUAAGUCAAUGAAACACCCAAGUGAUAUUCACGUGGUCUCCACUGUUGAUGUUAUUGAUGAGGCGGUGGCUAGUGUGAGCCAUUUGAUGUGCAUGAGUGAACCACUUGACGUCGUGCUUGCUAACUAUGAUGAAUACAAAAUUCAAGGCUAUGAAGAGUUGGACAUUGAUCUAAAACAUCGAGGAAGUCCUCCCGUAAAGCUAUCAACAGAAGAACCACCAAAUCUGGAGUUGAAAGUACUUCCCUCCGAACUUCGAUAUGCUUUCUUAGGGGCAAAUAACACCUUAUCGGUGAUCAUUGCAGCUGACUUGCUUGAAUGGCAAGUAAAAUUGCUCUUUGAGGUGUUGAGAAGGCAUAUCAAAGCUAUAGGUUGGACUAUCGCUGACAUAGUGGGCAUUCCUCCUGGUAUUCGCACUAACAAAAUUCAACUUGAUGUGAUUGUAAGCCGAGUGUUGAACAUCAGCGGAGAUUGA